AGCAGGAGAAGGACCUGGACGACAGAGCCUACAGAAACCUGCAGGAGCUGGAGAAGUACUCAGAGAACACUCAGUCCUCGUUAAUUUACCUGCUGCUCGAGUGUUUAGGGCUGAAAAACGUCCAUGCGGACCACGCGGCGAGUCACAUCGGUAAAGCUCAAGGAAUCGUGACGUGUCUGAGAGCGACGCCAUAUCACAGCAGCCGGCGGAAAGUCUACCUGCCCAUGGACAUCUGCAUGCUGGUGAGUCCACAUGCAAACCAAAAAGCUCCCAGAGAUACACCUGUUAAAAAUACAUAAAAAAUAAACAAAAAAUACAAAAAUAUAUUAAUGAUGAUAAUAAUAACUUUACUUAUAAAGCAGGGCUGGGUUAUAACGAUAUCAAUCGCAAAAUACAUUUUCCUCGAUUGAAAUAAAAGACGUAGUCAAUAGAACGCAUUCCAGGCAUGUUUUAACCGACAAAACAAACAGCCAG